AUGGUGGAUUUCUUGAUAAACUCACUUGGGUUUUCAAAAGAUGAAUCCUUUUCAGUCUCAACAAAACUUAGUCAUCUGAAAUCCACUCAAAAUCCCAUUUCAGUUAUUGGGUUUUUUAAAAACUGUGAUCUUGAUAAUACCCAGAUCAAAAACAUCGUACGUUUUUCCCCCAAGAUUUUAACUGCAAAUGUUGAUAAAACCCUAGAACCAAAACUUAGGGCUGUACAAGACUUAGGGCUAUCUGGGUCAGGUCUAGAAAACUUGUUUCGAAAAAGUCGAAAUAUUUCGAGCAAAAAAUUGAGUGAUAAUGUUAUAUUUUUGAGGGAAUUAUUGGGUAGUGAUGCAAAAGUUUGUAAAGUUCUUCAAAGAACAUGGCUCUCUUUAUCCGAGCAGAAAAUGUCACAUAAUUUGCAGAUAUUGAACAAGUAUGGAUUAUCAAAUGCUAAGAUGAAAACUCUAGUCCUACAAGAUCCAAAUGUUCUUCUAACAAAAUCUAAAUACUUGGAAUCAAGCAUAAAAAAAGUUGAACCCGUUUUCGGGAUUCGACCCAAUUCUCCAAGAUUUGGUGAUGGCAUUGAAAUGAUUGUUUCAAUGAGUAAAUCGACGUUGGAAAGAAAGCUUCAGAUCUUUAGAAGUUUUGGGUGGCUGGAUUCUGAUAUACUUACAAUGACUAGAACUUCACCGUUUUGCUUGAAAAGAUCCGAGGCUAAACUGAAAGUGUCUUUGAACUUUUUCAUGAAUGAACUUGGUUUUACGGCAGCAUAUGUGGCCACUCACCCGAAACUUUUAGUGUAUAGCUUGGAAAAGCGGGUUAUGCCUAGAAACAAAGUACUGCAGAUUUUGAAUGACAAGAAGCUGUUGAAGAGCAAGUAUUCGCUCUGUACAGGCAUUUCUCUUUCUGAGAAGAAGUUCAUGAAAUAUUUUGUGUUUCCGUAUCAAGAAUGUGUACCUCAUUUGUAUGAAGUGUAUACUAAUGCUUCUGGUCAUCAUCAGGCAAUCAAAUAACUCAAGCUCCGACUUCAUGUAAUGAUCAUUCAAAAAGUAUUUUACAUGACUAAAUGUGUUGCCCAGUCAUUGUCUGAUUGUACGUCUUAUUCAACUUUCUGCCAGUCUUGGUUCUUUGAUAGUUAGCUGC